GAUAGAUCACACAGUCUUUCAAAAUAGGUGUAGCGAGCAUAACAUAGUGUUCUUUUCCUGUCUUUUCGUGUUUAGUUAGUUUGAUCAUCUUCGAAAGAUUAAUUGACAACAAAAUAUCGAGUGAUAAUUAUGGAAUCCACUGAUGUACACAAUUGUGCUGUCAGAGUCAAAAAGGAGCAUAAUUAUGCGUUACUUAGUGAAAAUGGCUGUGAAAUGAUUGACGUGAAACCCGAGCUUGAAAACUUCCAACCCUUCCCAUUUCCGCAAGAAAAUUCGGUUGAUGCUCUUCGAAAAUGUGUUAAUCGUAAAAGCGACCUUGACAACGAAAUGAAAAUAGUUUUUGAAUGUGAAGACGUCAAGCCCAAUAUAUAUUUAUCAUUAGUGAAAAAAAUCGAUGAUUAUUUUCAAUAUCACAUGCAGAAUAUAAAAGAUAGCGAUUGUUACAAAACUCAAACUGCAAUUAAAAUAGAAACCAUGGGUGAAUUAGUGAAAAAAGAGAUUUUUGGUGAAGUUGGAGAAGAACCAAAUUUGAAUUUCGACGGUCAAAUUAUCGAUCAAAAUAAAAAAAUGAUUACAAAAAAGAUCAAUAACCAAAAUAGAUCCGAAACACUCAUCGUACAAAAUGAUACAACCUUCGCGUGUGAAAUAAGUGAAAAGAUUUUGUUAACUGCGGGUAGUCUGAGAGGGCUUGUCAAUUCAUCACACCAUUGCAUUCGCCAUUUAUGUGAUAUUUGCGGAAAAACAUUCGCACACAAGGGUCAUCUCAAAGCACAUAAACAUGAGGUACAUAGUGGUAUUACUCAUGCAUGUGAUAUUUGUGGAAAACAAUUCUUAGCGAUGAGAUAUCUGAAAACUCACAUCCAUCGGGUACACAGUGGCAUGAUUAACGAAUGUGAUAUUUGCGAGAAGAAAUUUCAAAAAAAGCGUUAUCUUCAAAUGCACUUUGAUACGGUGCAUUUUGGUAUUACUCAUGUAUGCAAUACAUGUGGAAAGUCAUUUUCACAAAAGUCUACUCUUAAAAAUCACAUCGAUAUAGUGCACAAUGGUGUCAUAUAUGUAUGUGAAAUUUGCGGAAAGAAAUCCUCAACAAAGAGAAAUCUGAAACAACACGUGGAUACGGAACACAAUGAUAUCAAACAUACAUGCGACCAAUGCGAAAAAUCAUUUCCACGAAAGGGUCAUCUAAAAAUCCAUAUUGAUUCAGUGCACAAUGGUCUCAAACAUCCAUGCGACAAAUGCGAAAAAUCAUUUUCACGAAAAAAUAGUCUCACAAGGCACCUUCAUUCGCACCUUCAUUCAAAUACUCAAACAUGCAAUGCUCAUGGAAAGUAAUUUAUACAGAUAAGAGAAGUAGUCUUAAAGUCCACGUCCAUGUGGUACACAAUGGUGUCGCUCAUUACGUUAUGUAGGCGAAAAGAAAUUCAGAAACAAAAUGAAUCUCAAAUUUCAUAUGGAUUCGGUGCAUUACUCACGCAUCACAACUUAAUAAAUGUCUGCUGUAUGUGUUCUAAGGAUUAAUUUGAAAAUGUUAAUUUAUAACAGUAUUUUAAGUUUAUCCAAUUUUAUGUCAUAAAAAACAAUGUUUACAUUUUAUAAAAUUAAUACAUUUUUAGAGCACAAUAAAGCACAUUUUUAA